AUGGCCGGGGAAACGAAGGCUCAGCAACACAACACCACGAUGGAAACGCAGUAUUUGGUAUUGACAAGUUCCAAACCGGGCGGGGGCGGUGAAGGUAGCGAUUUCCAUGUCUUCAACCUCGCACCACAUCACUACCAUCGAGCCGGAGGCCUCCCGCGUACCGGCGCCAUCAAUGUCACUUGCAACAUCGAACGAAGACUGCAUGGGGUUAUGUCUGCCGACAGCGACUACUACGCGACGUUGAUUGCAGGCGGCGGUAGCAUCGAGGCCGAGAAGAUCUCGUAUCCCAGCACUUACAGUCUCAUGCCGACAACACAAGAGGAAAUCACCACCAAGGGCGGGGAGACCACCGUGGGAAUCGAGCAGAUCGGCAGCCGAUUUAGACCGCCUUAUCGCAUUGCGACGUGGACCCUCUCUGAGAACGAGUCGCAGCGCUCCGGGCUUCCAGCCUCGCUCAAGGUCGCUGUGCUCGUCUCGAGGGAAGAUCGGAAGAAAUUCUUCUUUGUAUCGAGUAGGACACCAUGCCGCAACCAAUCCACAUCGAUAAGCCAACGACGUGCACUGUCGAUAACCCAAGUUACACGGCCACCAUAA